UUUUCCAUAGGGCGGAGGGAAGCUCAUCGGUGGGGCCACGAGCUGAGUGCUUUGUGUCACUCUACCCCAUGUCCCCUGGGAAGGUCUGAGACUAGGGCCAUAGGGCGGCUCUAACAGGGUCCUCCCUGAGUGUCGGGGAGGUGAGUUCCCAGAGAACGGGGCUCCGCGCGAGGGCAGACUGGGCAGGAGAUGCCAUGGACCCCGCCCCUCGGGGCGGGGCCUGGCGGAUGCCUCCUUAGCCGGAGCUUGGAACAGACUCACGGCCGGCAAAGUGAGUUCAAUGGCUGAGGUGAGGUACCCCCGCCAGGGGCCUCAUAACCCAAUUCAGACUACUCUCCCCCGCCCUCUUUUGAAGAAAGCUGUGGACCAGAAGGAGUUUACGAAUUCUAAGAAUGCUAGUGAAGAAAGCGUGGGAAAGUUUGCGAGGGAAAAAGGCCGCAGGAAACUGCAGAGCCAAGGGGAGAAUGCAAGCAAGGGGAAGGGAAGCUCUUGGAGAAUGCUAAUGAUCUUGGGAGACUUUGAAGACAGAGAAACCCAGUCGCCCAGUUUUUGGAAAGAUGUUGAACCAAGCUUGCAGCCCCGGAAUAAAUCCCACUUGGUCGUGGUGAAUAAUCCUUUUAAUGUACUGUUGGAUCCUAUUGGCUGGUAUUUUGAGAGAGAGAGACAGCGAGAGAAGGAACACAAACAGAGGGAGUGGGAGAGGGAGAAGCAGGCUUCCUGCGGAGCAGGGAACCUGAUGCAGGGCUCGAUCCCAGGACCCUGGGAUCAUGACCUGAGUCGAAGGCAGACACUUGACAACUGAGCCACCCAGGUUGAAGAUGGAAUCCAUGGAGGAAGGAAGGCCUGGGUCUUCAGACCCCUGGCUGCCAGUCCAGAAGUGGCACUGUGAAAACAUCUGUAACAUCUGCUGUAGAUGCCCUAACAAUCAAGUGGGCUUGGAUCUGGACAUUCUCAGUAGGAAUGGUUAAAGACUGAUGGGACCAUAAAAGAUGAUACAUCUGGAAAGAUGAUGCUUAGGUAGUUGGUAGAUCAUGUUGUUCAACUAAUUCCUUGAUAGAAGCUGAUUCAUUUGAUACCAGAGAAAUGAAGUUUCAGGAGACCAAAACUAGAUCUGAGUCUCACUUCUUUCCCAGCCUGGAAUUCUUGGGUGCUCUAAGUCCUGGAUAUACAAUAGAUGAUGACAACAUUUUUGUUUUAUGAGUGCAGAAAGCAGGCCAAGAACUCCAGAGUGAAGUUUCCGUGAGUCUAAUUCCCCAAAACUCGGCCCUCGGUAACUUGGGACAAUUCACCGAAUUGGCUCUUUCCCCCAGUCGUGGAAAAUUUGGAAUUAGCUGCACCUCCCGCUCUGCCUAAGAAAGUUCUCAGCUUUAAAACUUCCCAGCUCUUCUGCUUCUCCUAUGCCUGUUAUCCUGCUGGAGCAUCUGCAGACUUCAAUCUCUGUUAUGUCUUUGUGUGAAGACAUGCUGCUUUGUAACUAUCGCAAGUGUCGCCUCAAACUCUCUGGUUAUGCGUGGGUCACUGCCUGCUCUCACAUCUUCUGUGAUCAGCAUGGCAGUGGUGAGUUUAGUCGUUCACCAGCUAUCUGCCCUGCCUGCAAUAGUACCCUUUCUGGAAAGCUAGACAUUGUGCGCACAGAACUCAGUCCAUCAGAGGAAUAUAAAGCCAUGGUAUUGGCAGGACUUCGACCAGAGAUUGUGUUGGACAUUAGCUCCCGUGCACUGGCCUUCUGGACGUAUCAGGUACAUCAGGAGCGUCUCUAUCAAGAGUAUAAUUUCAGCAAGGCUGAGGGCCAUCUGAAACAGAUGGAGAAGAUAUAUACUCAGCAAAUACAGAGUAAGGAUGUAGAAUUGACCUCUAUGAAGGGGGAGGUCACCUCCAUGAAGAAAGUGCUAGAAGAAUAUAAGAAAAAGUUCAGUGACAUCUCUGAGAAACUUAUGGAGCGAAAUCGUCAGUAUCAAAAGCUCCAAGGCCUCUAUGAUAGCCUUAGGCUGCGAAACAUCACUAUUGCUAACCAGGAAAGUACCCUUGAACCAUCCAUGAUUGCACAAUGUGGUGUUUUUGGCUUUCCAUCAGGGAACAACUCCAAGUUUCCUUUGGACAGUACACCGGUUCGAAAUCGGGGUGGUGGAGAUGGAGAUUUUCACUUCAGACCGUUUUUUGUGGGGUCUCCCACAGCACCUGAACCCAGCAACAGCUUUUUUAGUUUUGCCUCUCCAAGUCGUGAAUUAGAGCAGCAGCAAAUCUCUAGCAGGGCCUUUAAAGUAAAAAGAAUUUAGCUCACUUUACAGAAUAUUUCUCUGUUCACUCUUAGUGAUCUCGUUUAGCAAAUAAUCUUUAUUCUAGUUAGGAUGAGAAUCACCAACCUUUGUGUGCUAUUACAUUUUCAACUUAUGAGGAACUCAGUGUCAGCAGGAGUGGCUUUAGGGUCUGGCUUCUUUUUCUGUUUCCAUCAUUUGAAGUGUGAGCAUUAUAUUAAACUCAAAUUUAUUGUGACUGUUGAGUUUUCACCAGUAAUGAAAAGGUUACAGUAUUACUGCUUGUUUUGUAGAUCACCAUUUGUUUUCUGUCUGUGUUAUUUCCGACUGAACUAGGUGUUUAUGUAUAUGUAUAUAAGCACGUAUGUUAUAUGUCUACAUGUCACUUUAUGUUCUGGUAUUUAUGCAUAUAUGCAUAUAUGUUUUCCUUUAUAUGGAUAUUUUGCUGUAUUUGCCAGCAUAUUUAUGUGAAGAUUUUGGUCUCAGGAAAUGGCAGGUGAAUCUAUAGCUUGUUAUUUGGGUACGUUCCUUUAUUUGUAUAUAUUUAUGUAUCUGCCCUUGUAUUAAUUUGUUUGGAGGUGUGCUCAUGUUGGUGAAUAAGAAUACAAUUUGAUGCUUGUAUGUUGUCUGUUUUUCUAUUUUUUAAUUUUGUUGUCUGUAUUUCUAAUUAAAAAUGAUUCACAGUGAUAAAGUUAUUUUGUAAAGGUGAUUUUUUGGCAUUUAUUUUAAAAUGAAAUGACUUUACCCUUUUGCCAGAAGUGCCUUAUUUAGGAAUACACUCUUACCACAGAAAACUUACAAUAUGUUAUUGAUCUCAAGAGAUUAUAUUAAUUAAAAUA